GGCUGGCCGGCGUGAAUGCUGCGGUCCCUCGGGGCGGCGAGGAGCACCAUGCCUAAAGCUCUAAAGGUAAAAAGUGUAGCGGAAAAAAAAGUCAUCCAUCCAUAUAGUAGAAAAGCAGCUCAAAUGACAAGAGAGGCCCACAAACAAGAAAAAAAGGAAAAGUUGAAGAAUGAAAAGGCAUUGUGUCUCAACCUUAUUGGUGAAAAACUCGAGUGGUUUCAAAAUCAUCUUGAUCCCAAAAAAGUAGGAUAUUCAAAGAAAGGUGCUUGUGAAUUAAUUGAAAGGUAUUUAAAUCGAUUCAGCAGUGAGCUGGAGCAGAUUGAAUUACAUAACAGCAUCAAAGACAGGCAAGGAAGGCGGCACUGUUCCAGGGAGACAGUCAUCAAGCAGACAAUGGAGCGUGAGCGACAGCAGUAUGAAGGAUAUGGCCUUGAGAUUCCAGACAUUGUAAAUGCAGAUAAUCUGAAAAAUUUUAGGGAAUGGGAUUUGGAUCUGAAGAAAUUGCCAAGCAUUAAAAUGAGAAAAAUUUGUGCUAAUGAUGCAGUUCCCAAAAAGAGCAAGAAGAAAACUGUUACAACUGUAGACAAAGAUUUAGGGGAAUUGGAACUAAAAGAUGAAUCAAGUGACUCAGAUGAGGAGAUGACUGCAGUGGCCUAAUUGUCCCUUAUUUGAGUUGAAAAUAAGUAAUUUGAGUGCCUCAAGUUACACUUGAAUUGAUGAUGGUAAAUAAUUGUCUAGAUCCAAAAAUUUGUUAGUUAACUUACUUUCUUAUGUGGUGAGAAUUCUAGUUGCAGUUUCAAAAACAGUGUUAUGAUUUUUAUUUUAAAAUGUUGCUUUUUUUUUACAUUAAGUUGCUAAAUAGAUACAGUGAAAUAAAAUAAAAUUAUGGUCUUUAAGCGUCAUUUAAU